GCGCAAUUAAUUCAACUUCUGCCCAAACAGGAAGAUCUGCUUGAAUAGCUUGAACGGUGAUGUAAUGUUUAUGCAGAACCUGUUCUCGCCAACUUCUGAAACCUUUCUCCUACAGAAAUUGGUGAAGAAGAAAACCGGGAACGCAUCAUUUCCAAGGAAAGAAGAAGGAUAAGAGGAAAGGAAAGGAAAGGAUCCGAAAGAAGGGAACUGGCUUGCGAAAGAUGCUAGGGGGUUAACCGAUGCAUUCUCCAACCAGUUCUCCUCUCUUCGAUGUCACAGUUAAAUGAAUGCUAGCUCCUGUCUGUGUAUGUAUGUAUGUAUGUAUAUAUGUAUAUAUAUAUAUCCAUCUAUCGUUUAGUGAAGUCGCAGCUGGACAUUGAUAACCGUCUAUAAGGAAAUUACACAAGAGAAAAAGAAGACUGUGUGAAAGACAAGAAGAGAAGAAAAACCCAAAAGAGAAAUCAAAAACAAGACCUUCAACACAUUGUUGCUUGCUGUCCCACACAGCAAAUGUCUUUUCCUCUACUCUAAAUGUAGUGUCUUUAUCUAUAACCCCCUGUAUAAAUACAUAUAUAUUGUAUAUAUGUAGGAUUUUUUUUUUUAUAAUUUACGAUCGUUUUACAAAAGAAUUUUCAUACAGCUGAGAUCAUUUGCUUGUAUCUUUAAUCAUAAAUUAUUUUAUUCUACAUAUAUUAAAGAAGAACCAAACCCAAACGGUAUAAUAGCCACAACCCCACCCUCUCGAAAUACACACACAGGACGGUCUUAUCCGGUCUUCAUCCUUUUUUCAUUUUUUUUUCUUAAUUGUCACGGUUGAUUAGAUCAUUCGAGGGAGAACCCAACAACACGAAACACACACAACACAAACUCAAAGACCCAAACCCCCCAAACAAUUAUAGCUAUUAAGUGUUGUUAUUAUUAUUUAUUUCAUGCCUGACGACGAAGGGGAUAACGGUCCCGGGCUGGUCGUUGUCGUUGGAGAAGAAGGAGGUCCUUUAGGGGUAAUGAAAGAUCACUCGUACACUGCUGUUUCCACGGAGUCUCCAACGAAAUUGUCCGAACAGGAUAUACCCGGCAGCAAAAUGCCAAAGAAAGUCCGCAAAUGGGAGAUUUUUCCGGGAAAGAACAAAUUCUGUUGUGACGGCCGAAUAAUGAUGGCGAAACAUACUGGAAUUUUUUACUUUACUUGUACCUUGAUAAUUCUUACGAGUGGCUUGUUCUUUUGCUUCGACUGUCGAUAUUUGGCCCUCAACGUAUCCCCUGCAAUUCCUGCCAUUGGAGCAGCCCUGUUUUUAUUUGUUAUAUCCACCCUUUUCCGAACAAGCUUUAGUGACCCAGGUGUAAUCCCUAGAGCUACUCCAGACGAAGCUGCAGAUAUUGAAAGACAAAUAGAAGUUCCAAAUGCAGUUUCUCCUGGAACUUACAGACCUCCACCUCGAACGAAAGAAGUUGUUGUGAAGGGCCAAGUUAUCAAACUGAAGUAUUGCUUCACCUGUAAGAUAUUUAGACCACCACGAGCGUCACACUGUAGUUUAUGUGAUAAUUGUGUUGAUCGAUUUGAUCAUCACUGCCCAUGGGUUGGCAAUUGUGUCGGAAGGAGAAACUAUAGAUACUUCUACCUCUUCAUAUUGUCUUUAUCUGUUCUGUGUAUUUACAUAUUUGCUUGUGUUUUGACUCAUCUUAUAUUGCGUGCUCAGCAAAAUAAUUUUCUCACAGUAAUGCAAGAAUCUCCAGCAAGUAUUAUCGAAGCGAUUGUCUGCUUCUUCUCUGUCUGGUCAAUUAUUGGAUUGGCUGGCUUUCAUACCUAUUUAACCACAUCAGAGCAGACAACCAAUGAAGAUAUAAAAGGUUCCUUUUCAUCCAAGAGAGGACAAGAUAAUUUUAAUCCGUAUAGCAGAGGGUCCAUUUUUAAAAAUUGCCUUGUUGUACUAUGUGGACCCAAUCCUCCAAGUUUAAUCGACCGGAGAGGUUACGUUGUACCUGACAGUUCUCAGAUACACAGUGACAGCUUCAACAGCUGUGUAAAAGAAAGUAACUCUGUCAACGUCAAACAUGAAUAUUAUGGUUCGACAACAGUGACGGAACAAAAGACGAAUAACAAAGGAACCAACACAGCACAAGAUCUGGACUGCACGAAGACAAACGGCAGGCUGGACAAUGAAUUAGUAACCAAGCAUGACAUGAUCAGCUACCAGUCUCCAGAUGGUCGCAUAAACAAUCGUCUGCCUCCCAUAAAUGAUGGUUGUACAAAGAAUUUCUUGUGGGAUAUGACCCUUAACCAACUGAAGUUGAAGGGUAAUAAAACUAGAUCAGUUUUGUAUGAGUCCUCAUCACCUAAGUUUGUUGACAAAGCUGACCCGAUAAACACAGGAUGUCACCAGCCACGAACUUUGCCAGACGUUGUUUAUACCGAAAGUGGUUCUCCUCCGAUGGAAAAGCAUGCCCAACAUCAUCCCAUCUGCAGCAAAUCUUGGCCAGAAGUGGAGGCCCGCAGGCUAAUCCUGCACGACAAUGCUGACAACAGUUGUGACACUGUAAACCAGAACAUUUAAAGGAUGGCCAUUUUUGAAGUCUUCAUUGGCAUCAGUUUCUCUCUCUCUCUUUCCUCUCUUUUCCUUCCUCUUUCACAUCACUCCAGCCCCACCCCUUCAAAACCUUUUUUUUUUUGCCCCCAAAUUUUGUGUACGUUAUUUUUGUACAGUCAUUUUUGUUGUCUUUAUUUAAAUAGACAUUUUAACCUCUCUUUUUUUUUUUUUUGGUCUCUGUAUGUGCGAGUGAAAAGUAAACUCUGGAUACAAGCGAAUUUGUUUAUUUGUUGUAUCGAAGGUUACAACAAUAACAACAAUAGCAACAUCACGCACAUAAACCAAUGAAAAUUUGCAUGUGUGUGUCGACAAAAAAAAAAAAAUUAUAUAUAUAUAUAUAUAUAUGACAUAACAUUGAUAUUACAUGCAUUGAUAACAUGCAUUAUUUGUAAUUUUUAACUUUUUUUUCUGUGAGUAUAUGCACGGCUGUGUGCUUGUGCGUGCGUGCGUGUGUGUGUGUGCAUGCAUGUAUGUGUUUUCCUUGGGAUUUGUCUGAUAGACGUGCAUGGGGUGGGUGGGGUGCUUACUUUGUCCAGCGCGGUGAGCAUGCGUACUUUUGUUGCAAGAAACUUUAAAAAAGCAAAAAGACAGAAACCAAACCAAAAAUACAUAUAUAUAAUAUAUAUAUAUAUAUGACAUAACAUUGAUAUUACAUGCAUUGAUAACAUGCAUUAUUUGUAAUUUUUAACUUUUUUUUCUGUGAGUAUAUGCACGGCUGUGUGCUUGUGCGUGCGUGCGUGUGUGGUGUGCAUGCAUGUAUGUGUUUUCCUUGGGAUUUGUCUGAUAGACGUGCAUGGGGUGGGUGGGGUGCUUACUUUGUCCAGCGCGGUGAGCAUGCGUACUUUUGUUGCAAGAAACUUUAAAAAA